UUCCAGUUACGUUCUAUUACUUGAUACACUAUGUCAUAUAAAAUAUUGAAUAGAAAUAUUACACGCAUUAUAUCAAAUCAGUUAAAAAGAUUUCCCCCUAUACGGCAUUUAUCUUCGGAUUCAGAAAAAUAUGUGCUGAAUUCGCAUUACGGUGUGAUAAAAGAUGAAAAUGUAACUUUGACGAAACAUGUCUAUGGGGAGGCUGGGUUAUGGAAAGACUCUCCUGCAUUGACUUGUGCAGCAUCAGGUCGCACUUACACGUAUGGAAUGACAAAAAUGUUAAUUGAAAAAUGUGCAAAAGGUUUUCUCAGCGAAUUGAAGCUAUCCCCCGGUGAUAGUGUUGGUUUGAUUCUUCCAAACAUGCCAGAAUUUGUGGUGCUGGCUCACGGGGCAAUGGAAGCUGGUCUUGUAGUGACCUUCAUAAACCCCUUGUAUACACAUGGAUACGUUUCACAAUGGACGUCGCAAGACAUAACUUUCUUUCGCCUUUGGUCACCCAUCGAUCAUAAAAUACAUGAAGUACUACGUCAGUUUGCGGACUGCAACGUGAAGGCCAUUGCGACAAUUGAGAUGUUCAUGCCGGUCGCGAUGGAAGUCAGCAAAUCACUGAAGGAUUAUAAAGGAACCAUUUGUGUUGGUGGAGACGUAGACAAAGUUCAAGGCAUAUAUGGAUUCCAGUCUCUAAUAUCUGCGGGUCAGGGAGUCGAGCUUCCUAAAUUGGACGCUGACGAUGUCUGUCUGAUCCCUUACUCUAGUGGAACUACUGGUUUGCCCAAGGGAGUCAUGCUAACUCAUAGGAACCUUGUAUGUAGUGUAAAACAACUGUGCAGACCCGAAUUUAUGAAGUAUAAGGGCGCUAAAGGUACAGGAGAUACGACAUUGACGGUACCACCUUUCUUCCACAUCUAUGGCUUCAACGGUGUUUUGAACUAUGCCCAGGCUAUUGGAUCCCAUCUUGUUUCCAUUCCCAAAUUCACACCCGAGGAUUAUCUAAAAGCAUUGAUGAAGUAUAGGCCGAGAAAUCUUUUCGUAGUGCCAUCAUUGUUAGUAUUUUUAGCAGGUCAUCCAUUGGUAAACCGGGAUCAUUUGGCCUCAGUGGAGUCUAUCACUGUCGGAGGGGCGCCCGCAACUGAAAGUAUUCUUGAGAAGUUUCUUGACAAAUGUGGAAAGACUAAGGACGAGCUGGUGUUGUUGCAAGGCUAUGGAAUGACUGAAACGUCACCGGUUAUAUUAGUGACUCCUUAUUUCUAUCCACAUGACAAAGUUGGUACUAUUGGCCAGGUUGUUCCUUCAACACAAGUAAAGGUUGUCUCUCUCAUCACGGGCGAGGCAGUUGGUCCUAACGAACUAGGUGAAAUAUACGUUAGAGGACAACAGGUUAUGAAAGGUUACUUGAAGAACGAAGCUGCUACGAAGGAAACAAUAGACAAAGAUGGGUGGCUGCACACGGGUGAUGUUGUUUACUACGAUAAAGAUGAGUACUUUUAUAUUGUAGACAGGACUAAGGAGUUAAUCAAAGUUAAAGGGAAUCAGGUUUCUCCAACUGAAAUUGAAACAAUAAUAAUGGAACUACCGGAAGUAGCUGAUGUAGCCGUUAUUGGUAUUUCAGACGACAAAGAUGGAGAAGUGCCCAAAGCAUUUGUUGUACGCAAACCAAACCACCAGCUGACUGCAAAUCAAGUUUACGACAUAGUUGCUAAAAAACUUGUUAACUAUAAACAUUUAAAGGGUGGUGUCGAAUUCAUAGAUGAAGUACCAAGAAAUGUUGCUGGUAAAAUUAUGAGAAAAGAUCUUAAAGUACAAUAGAGUUAGAUCAUAAUUAUUAUGUUCUGGUUUAUCAAUUGAAAACUGUACUAUCCAUAUAAAUUAAAUGUGAUAUUUGUUCUUACAAAGACAUACAUUGGUAUGACAUAAUCUUAUGUAAGUAAAAACUAUCAACUAACAAAAGGU